AUGUCCUCCAAUAAAAAAACUUCUCGUACUUUAAAAUGGAAAAAUAUAUUGAGAAAAAAUCCUCAAGAUUAUUUAAAUGAAAAAGAAAAAAUAAGUAAAAUAGAUUUAAGAAAGGAGAAUAUUCGUAAUAAAUUAAAUGUGAAAUCAAACCUUCAUGGCCCUUUAAAAAUAGAAAAUUUUACGAAAUUAAAAAGUAUUUAUUUAGAAAAGCUUAAGUUAACCGAUUUGGAAAUAAUUAAUUGUCCUCAACUUACUAAGAUUGACUUAUCUGAGCUUAGUAAACUUAAAAGUUUAUUUGUAAGUAAUUGUUCAAGAUUAACUAAGCUUGAUAUCUCUCAUAGUCAAUUAAUUGAAUUGACUGAUUUAGACGUUAGUAAUCUUAUUGAGCUCAAUUGUUCAAACACCUCAAUUAAAAGAUUAAGCCUUAAUCUUUGUCCGAAUAUUAUCAAACUCAUUUGUUCUAAUAAUAACAAACUAGAUAAUUUAGAUAUAAGUAAUUGUCUUAAAUUAGGAUAUCUUGAUUGUUCUAAUAAUAGUAAAUUAACUAGUCUUGAUAUAAGCAGCUGCCCUAAAGAUAUUGAACUUAUUAAACCAACUGACUUGAAAGUUAUUGAAAAAGAAGAAAAAAUAGUGAAAAUUAAGAAUAUAUUAAUAAUUGGUUGUACUGGUAGUGGUAAAUCCACAUUAGCUAGUGUACUAACUGAAACUGAAGGUUUCAAAGAAAGUGAAUACGGAGUUAGCAAGACUAAACAUUUUAAAAAAGGAGUUUUCGAAUGGAAAGGAACAAAAUAUCGAGUGAUUGAUACCACUGGAGUUGGAAGCACUGGGCUAUCUACAAAGAAAGUUUCAAAUAGAAUAGCAGAAGGAAUCUUUUCGGUACCAUUAUCAGAAGGGAUAAACCAAGUUUUACUUGUGGUUGGUAAAAAUUUCACAGAUGAAAUAAACACGUUGAGACUAUUUGAAAGCGAUAUUUUUAAAUGUACUACUAUUGUGAGAACUAAAUUUAGUAACUUUAAAAAUCAAGACAUAUGCGAAAAGGAUAAAGAGAAACUGUGUGAGGAAAGCGAAAUAAAUGCCAAAAUAAUUAAAUCAUGUAAAGGUAUCAUUUAUGUAGACAAUCCUCCGAUAAAUAUUCUUGAAUAUGAUGAUGAUGAUGAUAAUGAUGAUAAAGAGGUUAUUAUUAGGAUUAACAAAGGAACGAGAAAGAAGUCAAGAACUAUACUGUUAGAUCAUUUGGAGAAAGUAUGUCAAGAAGAAGUACUACAUAUGGAAUAUGAUGCUUCAACAAAUGCUACUGGAGCGAUUCAACCUCCAAAUAGUGAUACAGAGAUAACGGAUGACGAUAAUACUUAUGUUGAUUAUAGUACAGAUGAUGAGAAUACUCGUCCUGAUCAUUUUACGUCAUUACCAUCGUUACCACAACCUAUAACUAUUAAUCAUCGAGAGCUACAACCUUAUCAUAUUACAAAAAUAGCAAUAAAAGGGUUAAAAUUUAUAGAAUCUGAUCAACAAGUGAUUGAACAUUUAAAAUUGAAUCAUGGCUUACUAUUGGAUGGUCAGCCUAGUAAACAAGCUAUUUUUGUGAAAAAUGGUGAAUUAAGUAUAAGUUUAUAUAAUGGACAACCGAUAGUAUAUACUGAGAUAAAUAAAUCAACCGAACUGUGUAUUAAUUUUCCGAUUGCUGAAGUUGCUUAUAAAGGUGGUUUGUUGAAAUCUUUUUCAAAAUAUGAUAAUAAUGAUGAAAAUUUAUAUGAUCUAUAUGGUCAUUUCUUUACAAGAAAAACUUUAAUUGGUGGUAAAUUAUUUUUAAAAAGUCUAAAUUUAGUUACUUCAACACAAAUGAAUAUGUUAAAAUAUUAUUUAUUUUAUGUAUAUAAUUUGGUUAAAUGUUCUAUAAAAGUUGAAUUUAAUAAUUUAUUUACUCUGAACCUUCUACCAAAAAUAGUAACAAUUGAUGGGGAAGAAUUAAAUACUCAUGAAGAAUUUUAUGAAUGGAUAAAUAAUUUGUAUCAAAAGCAUCAAGAAAAAUUAGUCUAUAUAAUUUCUUAUAACAAUCUAAUUCCCAUUUCUCAAUUAAGAAACAGUAAACCAGAUGAUUCUGAGACUUGUGAUGAAAGACAACCUGGAAUUGUCGACAAAGAAAAAUUAAUCUUAGAAGAUUGGGUCGGAAAUGCGGCGUAUGAUAAUCUAAUUUGUUGGACUAAAGAUUUUAAUUUAUUCCAUGGAUUAAUGACUAAUCAAAAUUAUGAAAUGGAAAUUAGCAAGAAGAUUGCCAUGAAUUUUAUCAAAAUUCCUAAAGUCAAUUUAAGUGAUAAAUUUUAUUUGAAAAUGAUCAGACCAUCAACAAAAUUGGAAGUUGGCUUGAUUUCCAGUAAUAUUUUUCCAAUUGAAAAUUUAGGUUCCUUUCCAUUUAUUAAAAUUGACGGUGAGAGUUAUGAAGGUUUUGAUUACAUUCUAGUUAAAUCUGAACGUUACGAAAUUCUUUUAGAUAUAGAUAAUAUAAAACCAACAAAAGAAUUUGAACAAGUCAUAGAAGAAGCACUUAACAGUAUGAAACCAUUAAAAGAUUUACAACAUAUAUUUAAUGAAUAUGGUCACUUAUUUUCACGAAGGAUUAUUUUAGGAAGAUCUUUAAAAAUUAUUUUACCAAAUUCUUCAGAUAAUACGUUUGAAAAUGUUAAUGAUGUUGAUGAAAUACUUAAAUCGCUAAAUGAUUUAAAUGUUUCGUAUCUUUUAACACAAAAUGGAGAAAACGUUGAAAUAGAUAAUUUAUCUUAUUGGAUAGAAGAUAUGGAUGAUAAUUUGGAGGUUAUUGAAUUUGAUAAUAAUAUUCCUCUUUAUAAAAUUCUUAAAGAAGAACAACAAAAAAAAAUAGGUAAUAUUUUAGAUAAAUUUAAUGAUUUCCAAAAUUCCCGAAUUAUAAUGACAGGAAUUACUGAUUUGAAAGAUUUGGAAUAUUUGAAAGACGAAUUUAAAGGUGAUUUAGUUAACGUUUUCCAUUACAAACGUAUUAAUUUAGAAUCAUCGUUGAAAAAUGAAAAUUAUAAAGUAUGUGGAUCAAUCAUUUCAGAAAAUAACGCAAAAUUAGAAGAAAUUCACGUUAAUUUUGGACAAUACGACGUUAAUGGAUUUUAUGCGAUAAUAAAAAAGUUGAAAGUGACAAAUAUUGAUAUAACAAAAUGUUAUAUUUCGUGGAUAAUCAUUGGAAUACCCUCACAAUUAUUGGUUUUUAGUCCAAAUAAUCGAGAAUUACAAGUUGAUUAUAUUAAAAAAUCCAUUAAAUUACAACCUAAUGAAUUUAAUUAUAAUACUAUUGAUACUUGUUUUACUUUAUAUGAAGGGUAUACUGUUUUUGCACACGCACAUCAUUCAUCAACAAAUGAACCUAAAAGUAUUAUUAAGUUAGUUAAAUGGUCACAUAAUUCUAUUAAUUUUCAAAUAUCUCAAGAUAAUUUAAAUGAUACCUCAACAGACACCGAGAAAGAUAUUAUUGAUGUAGAUUUACAUGUUUGUAUUCCGCUUACAAGUUAUAAAAGUUUAAGGAUUGAUAAUAAUAAAGAAAGUGAAUGUCUUUUAAUCGGAUAUAUUUUAACUAGGGAUAAUUUUGAUAGAAGUAUUGGGUAA